ACCACUUCUUAAAUAUAAUAAUAAUAAUACUGAUGGAUUAUUACUAAUUUCAAUUAAUUCAACAGAGUGAGUAUAUAGUUUGUAUAUACAAUACAAUACAAUACAGUGCAACACAACCAAUUAACUGGUGGAGGGAGCUCCUGCUCCUGCUCCUGCUCCUGCUCUGCUCAAUUAAAUGAGCAACUUCAACUACAACCUAACCGGCCGAGCCUGGUAAGAUGUGAGAUGUCUCCCUGCCAGUGCCUACCCACCCAACCCAAGUCUCUACUCUGAAGACUACUAAAACUUCACAUAAGUCAGUCAGCUGGUUCCCUUCUCUACUUGCUGUGGAGGGAAACACCACCGCGCCAUUACCAUAUAUUCAUUCUGCUCUGCUCAUAAGGUAAGGCAGGGUAGCAUAACAUAACAUGUAGUAUCCUGGUCGACUGAGUUCAUGGUUUCAAACUCCCCGAUGAUGCCUAAUGUGAUUUGCGGAUGCCCUUGCUAGGGAAACAGUUGUAAUAGGAAAUCUUCUUGGCAGAGACAGAAUAAUAGUAAUACACUAGUACAGAGGAGCAAGAGGAAGACGCAGAAAUGGACAGAGCACCAUUGAUACUGACUGAGGAAGAACAUGGUGCACCAUUGAUUGAGGAAGAACCUCCUCCUCCAUCAUCCUUUCACUUUCCAUUACUGCUUAAUCUCUAUAUAGGCCACUUCUUAGCAAGAUGGGGAGCCAGGAUGUGGGAAUUCUCGGUUGGUUUAUACAUGAUCAAUAUCUGGCCAGACUCCUUGGUCCUUGCAGCAGUUUAUGGGGUGGUCGAGUCCGCCUCCACAGCUUUAUUGGGUCCUUUAGUCGGAGAAUGGGUGGACAAAUUAUCAUAUCUUCAGGUUCUGCGACUUUGGCUCUUGAUCCAAAACCUCUCAUUUGUGGUAGCAGGAGGUUCAGUGAUUGCAAUUCUGGACUAUGCAGAUCACCUGAGUGCAAAAUCUGCAGCAUUCAUCUCCCUCAUUAAUAUCUCCGGUGCUGUUGCUGUUCUCUCUUCUUUGGCUGGAACAAUCUUGAUUGAAAGGGAAUGGGUUGUGGUGAUCUCAGGAAGGCAGCCGCCAGGAGCUUUGACGAAGAUGAACUCAGUAGUAAGGAGGAUUGAUCUGAGCUGCAAGCUGUUUGCUCCAGUGGUCUCUGGCUUCAUUAUUAGUUUUAUAUCCCUAACUGCAUCUGCCGUGACCUUGGCCUUAUGGAACAUGUUAGGUGUGUGCUUACAGUACUGGCUUUUAUUGUCUGUGUACAAUGGUUUCCCGGAGUUACAGGAAGCCGACCAAAGGAGGAGGAGGAGGAGGAGGAUGGAGGAAGUUGUUGAGGCCACAUUUGCAUUGGCCUUUGCUGAUCAUCCUGAUCCUGAUCCUGAUCCUGAGGGAGAAACCUUGAUGAGAAGUAGUAGUAGUAGUAGUAGGAGUAGCCCAUCAUCCCACACAAAUUGCAAUGGAAUAAUUAGAAGCAGCAGCAGAUUAGUGAAGCAGUUUCUUGAGAGUCCGUACAUGAAUGCAUGGAGGCUGUACCUGAAGCAAGAUGUUGUCCUCCCAGGGGUAGCUCUUGCACUGCUGUUUUUCACUGUACUAAGCUUUGGGUCGUUGAUGAGUGCUGUGCUGGAGUGGGAAGGCAUCCCCGCAUACGUGAUCGGGAUCGCACGUGGGGUGAGUGCUACUAUCGGAAUAGCUGCCACAUUCGUGUAUCCUCUCAUGGAAGCCCGCAUUUCCACACUCCGGACGGGUCUUUGGUCCAUCUGGUCCCAGUGGAGUUGCCUGGUGGUGUGCGUGGGAUCCAUAUUGGUUAGUGACAGAGUGAUGUCGGCAUAUUUGCUGAUGGGUGGGGUGGCCUUCUCCCGCCUGGGGCUGUGGAUGUUCGAUUUGUCUGUGAUUCAGCUGAUGCAGGAGGAGGAGGACAGCCUGGGUGGUGGUGGUGAAUCCCAUCGCUGUGUGGUUUUCGGGGUUCAGAACUCACUGCAGUCUUUGCUCGACCUGCUCACCUACGUCAUGGGAAUACUAAUCCCGGACCCCAAGGAGUUCUGGAAAUUGAUCACCAUGUCAUUUGUGGUGGUUACGCUGGCGGGGGUGCUCUACACCCUCCAUGUUUAUCGGGGACGGAGUUAACUAUUGAUAACGCCUCCCCCUCCUCCUCCUCCUCCUCCUCCUCCAUGCUUGCCACUGCUAGUUGCUUCCUGCCAUCAUUUUCACCUUAUGCUGUCAUUCUCAACUCUCUAUUCUUUCUUUUAUUGGUUUAUUAUUUUUUAAUAUAAUUAAUAGGGGGGAUGAAGAAAACGAAGACAUUUUAUGCAAAGUGUGUUUUACUAGUGUGUAUGCUCGUUUAAUCUGUUACUGCUUAAUAUCUAUCUAUUCAGAUAGAUAGAUAGAUAGAGGUGAGAGAAGACUCA